UCUUCAAAGGUUAGAAAAGAAAUAUUUAUUUCUUGUUUGGAUUUAGAUGUCACAUUAAAGAAUAUUUCAUCACUGUUGGAGAGGUGUCCAAGAAAAGAAAAGCCUGAUUGUAGAAGUUCUAUUAAAAUUAUAAAAAUGCCAGAUAACGAAGGUGUCCCCAUUGACAAAGGAUGGGCAUGGAUUGUUGCCACUGGUUAUUUUGUUGGAAUAUUUUGGAUGGUUGGUAUUGCAAAAUCAUUUGGGAUACUGCUGGAACAGUUUGUUGACUAUUUUGACAUUCCUGUUGCCAUGGCAGCUUUGAUAAUGGGUGUGGCAGGGGGAAUGUACACAUUGGCAGCUCCCAUAUGUGUUGCUGCUGGUCAACAUUUCACACAGAGAAAAGUGGUAAUGCUAGGUGGCUUCAUUGGGGCUCUUGGUCUCUCAUUGAGUGGUCUACUCUUCAGUAUAGAGUGGGUAAUAUUAACCUUUGGAGCUCUCUAUGGUUUUGGAAAUGCCUGUCUGUUUGGAAAUGGGUUGGUAAUGUUAGGACAGUAUUUCAGCAAGAGGAGAAGUUUGGCUAAUGGGCUGUCCUUGUCAGGAGCUAGUCUAGGGCAGUUUGCAAUACCACCUUUACUGCAGUACCUGCUUGACACUUUCUCUUUAAAGGGAACUUUGAUAAUCAUCGGAGCACUAUAUAUGAAUGUUAUGAUUUGUGGAGCACUAUUUAGACCAACAAGUUUUUACACAAAACAUCAUACCUCGGCCCAAAGAAAGGUAGAACAGCAGAAACUUUUUAAAAUAAGCAAAAACGGGGGGGGCCAAAUUUAG